AUGGAUUUUUCUAGGGAGGAACUGUACACAGUUCCUAUUUGGAUAAAGCUACCCGGUCUGGAUUUUAAGUAUUGGAGCCCUAAGGGACUGAGUAAGAUAGGAAGCUUGAUUGGAAAGCCUCUAAUGGUGGAUAAAAACACCGAGAGGAAAAUUGACCUUAAUUUUGAUAGGCUUAUGGUUGAAGUGGGAAUGGAUUCCAUAUUGCCAGACACAGUUACAUUUAUAAAUGAAAGGGGUUGUCUAAUUGAACAAAAAGUGAGUUAUGAAUGGAAACCAACUCUAUGCAAGUUGUGUAAGAAGUAUGGCCACUCUGAAGAUGUUUGUAGGAAGAAAGUUGCUCCUAAGCCAGUGCAACAUAUUGAGCAUAUAGAAGAUGAAGAGAGAAUAGUAAGAGCAGCUGGUGGAAAACAAGCAGGGGGGCAACAGGAUAGGAAGGCAAAACAAACACAGACUGUUGGAACAGGUGCACAGCCACGAAAUGGUGCUAACACUGCUAAUGUUGCUAUUGGUAAACCAGUGGGAGCAGUAAAGGAAACUGCACCAGCGAGAGAACAGAAGGCAAAUGAUCCUCAGGGGAAUGUGAUUGACAAAUCCAAAGCAAUAAGUGCAGUGAAUGUUGCAUGGGUUACACCAAUGAGAGGUUCUACCACUCAGCAACAAAUGAAGGAUCAAUUGAAAAUGGAAGAGGCAAGACCAUUCCUACUAGUGGGAAUGGCUAGUUUACUAAGCUGGAAUGUCAGGGGUUUGAAUGGCCCUAAUAAGCAAAAGGAGGUUAAGCUCCUUUACAUAGAGGAAAGGGUGGGUUUGAUAGGCCUACUAGAAACUAAAAUAAAGAAGGACAAGAUACAGCAAGUUGCAAAUAAUAUGUUUGGUGGUUGGAAUCAUAUAAAUAAUUUGGAUUACCACUAUAAUGGUAGAAUAUGGAUUACCUGGAGGCCAGAUUUCUAUCAGGGGGAAUCCUGUCUCUGGGCUGAAGUGGUUGAUUUUGCUACAUGUGUGGAUGAGUGUGGAUUAAUUGAGUUGCCACACCAAGGAAACCAGUACACUUGGAGCGAUAAGGGUAGUACCGAGAGAAUUUAUUCAAAGAUUGACUGGGUAUUCAUAAACGAUGAGUGGCUAAACAGUAUGCCAUCCAGCAGAACUAUAUUCUUGCCUGAGGGAGUGAGUGAUCACUGCCCUGCAAAAGUGAACUUGAUUGAGGGACGAUCCAGACAGCAGAGAUCUUUCUUAUACUGUAAUGUAAGGGGGCAGCACCCUCAGUUUCUGCAAUUGGUGAAAGUAGGUUGGGAAAUUCCAAUUCAAGGUUGCAAAAUGCUGCAAGUAGUCAAAAGGUUGAAACUGUUAAAAAGAGAACUUAAGAAGUUGAAUUCUCAAAAUUUUAGAAACUUAGUUCAAGAAGCUGAUACAGAUAGAGCAGAUUUGAGGUUGGCCCAGAGCCAGCUACAAUUAAACCCACAGAACCAGGAUCUUCAAAAGCAGGAGAGAGAUACGUAUGCAAAAUUUAAACAAUCUUCUUACCUAGCUGAAUUGUACCUGCAGCAACAGAGUAAGGUGACGUGGUUGAGAUUAGGGGAUGAUAACACAAGACAUUUCCACUCAGUGAUAAAACACAGAAGGUUGAAGCAAAUCACUACACAGUUAAGAGAUGAUCACGGGGAUUUGCAAUCAGAUCCUGAUGCUAUUGCAAAAAAUUUCCUGAAUUACUAUGAAGAAUUAUUGGGCAGGAGAGUAAACAAUAGAGUGCAAGCUAAAGAAUUCAUCUGGAAGAAUGGUCUAGUUUUGAGUUCAGAUCAGAAACUGAAACUAAUACAACCUUUCACUGAAAAUGAUCGAUGUUCAAGAGGCUAUGUUCAAGAUUGA